AUGCAUUCUGACUCUCACCGCCAUGUGGCACUUUUCGUUCCUUCUUCUCUUCACAGAUACCAUACGACAGACACUCCCAUUCAUCACUCGAUCCCAGCCACAACGUUCUCAUUCCACUUGCUAUCCUCUUCCGCCUCACCCGCUAUCCUCUUCCGCCUCACCUGCCUCUUCCGCUUCACCUCCCUCUUCCGCCUCACCUGCUAUCCUCUUCCGCCUCACCCGCUAUCCUCCUCUUCCGCCUCACCUGUUAUCCUCUUCCGCCUCACCUGUUAUCCUCUUCCGCCUCACCUGCUAUCCUCUUCCGCCUCACCUGACAUCCUCUUCUGCCUCACCCGGUAUCCUCUUCCGCCUCACCUGUUAUCCUCUUCCGCCUCACCUGCUAUCCUCUUCCGCACCCCCAUCCUCUUCCGGGACACUAGGCUAGACUUGUCUUUCUUCAACAAUUUCUCUCUGUCUCUCUCACUGUCUCUCUCUUUCUCUCUCACUCUUUCUCUCUUCCACCCUUUUUAG